AUGCCGAAGAUGCAGGCUCUUCACUGGCCGCAGAGUGCCAUCGAGCUCGCUCGAGGCGAGAUGGGCACACCGCAUUUCGGCUUCCCGCGGCGCAUGCAGGAUGCCAUUCUCAAAGGUCAGCUGAAGCCUAUGGAAGGCAGGCCAGGCGACACACUGGCACCGGAGGACUUUGACAAGGUGAAGGCGGCGAUGAAGGCAGAGUUUGGCACAGAACCAACAAGUGAGGACAUGAAUGCCUUCCUUAUGUACCCUGGAGUGUUCCGGGACUACAUGAAGCAUCUAGCGAAAGUGGGGCCGCUGGCUACAUGCUUGCCGACCGGGGCUUUUUUCUACGGGCUCACCGUGCACGAGACCAUCGAGUUCGAGGUGCCAGGGCCGAACGUGGUGGAAGCCGAGGCACAGGCCGAUGCUGCCUUGCCCAGGACGAAGGCAAGCAUCACGCUGAAUCGUGUGGGCCCGCUGGAGCAUGACUUCAUGAGGACUUGCGAAUGGCUGGUGGACGGCGUUGCCUACCAAGUCUCAAUCUAUGACCCACCGCCUGGAGCAGCGUCAUACAAGGGCCCCAUGGCGGACCCAUCCAAGAAGAGUCACGUGGCGUGCCCUCUGCCUGGGGUCAUCAAAACCAGCAUCAAAGAGGGUGCUGAGGUGAAGAAGGACGACCUUCUUUUCACGGUGGUGGCCAUGAAGAUGGAGGUUCUCGUGCGAGCGCCGGCAGAUUGCACCAUCCUGGAAGUGUGCAUUGCGGUGGAUGACGAGGUCGUGGACGGCGCACUGCUGGCCAAGCUGGAGCUGUAA